UUUAAUUCUCCAUCUCACUCACUCGCCAUUUACCGUCUUUUAUCAUGUCAUCCAAGGUCUCGCCACGGAUCCAAGAAGUCCGAGAUCUGGCGAAGGAGGAUCCCUCGAAAGCAGCGACCAGUUACCAGAAGAUCCUCUCAGAGGGCCCCGGAUCUACAGAGGCCUCUUCACGAGACUAUGAACUUGCCUUGAUUGGGUUGGGCGAGUUGCACCGGGAUGCGAAGAAGCCACAGGAGAUUGCGGACCUCAUCAAGACCAGCCGUGACACCUUCUCGUCAUUUGCCAAAGCGAAGACGGCCAAGCUGGUCCGUCAACUUCUGGACCUGAUUAGCGAAAUCCCCAACACACUCGAACUCCAAGGCAACGUCAUCCAAUCAUGCAUAGAAUGGGCUAUUGCCGAGCGCCGAUCGUUCCUUCGCCAGGCACUCCAAGCCCGACUCGUUGCCAUCUAUAUGCAGAAGCAAUCCUAUUAUGAUGCUCUCACUCUUAUCAACUCUCUUCUCCGUGAGCUGAAGCGCCUGGAUGAUAAGCUUAUGCUAGUGGAAGUACAACUACUUGAGUCGCGUGUUUACCACGCUCUUGGCAACCAGGCCAAGGCACGCGCUGCUCUGACGGCAGCACGGACGUCAGCCGCCUCCGUUUACACGCCGCCGAACCUGCAGGCCGGUCUUGAUAUGCAGAGCGGCAUGCUACACGCCGAAGACAAGGACUUCACCACUGCAUACUCCUAUUUCAUUGAGGCACUUGAAGGGUACAGCUCGCUCGAUGAGAGCGAUCUGGCUACGGCGACAUUGCAGUACAUGCUUCUGUGCAAGAUCAUGCUGAACCUGGUGGAUGAUGUUACACAGUUGCAAGGCUCGAAACAAGCGCAAAAGUAUGCCAGUCCACGCCUAGAGGCAAUGAAGGCCGUGGCACGGGCCCACGCCAACCGGUCUCUGGAGGAGUACGAGAAGGCCCUGUCGGACUACAGAUACGAACUGGGCAGCGAUGUAUUCAUCCGAAACCACCUCCGUCGUCUUUACGAUGCCAUGCUGGAACAGAACUUGAUCAAGGUCAUUGAGCCCUUCAGCCGGGUCGAGCUGGAUCACAUUGCGAAGAUGGUGGGUUUGGACACACAGCAGGUGGAAAGGAAGUUGUCUCAAAUGAUCUUGGACAAGGUGAUCAUCGGUGUAUUGGACCAGGGCUCGGGGUGUCUAAUUGUGUACGAUGAGACAGAACGGGACCAGGCUUACGAUGCCGCUCUGGAGACAAUCGAAAAGCUUGGCAAUGUGGUGGAAGGUCUGUAUACUAACCAGGCAUCUCUUCUGGAAUAGAAAAGAUGGCAUAUGUCCAAUGCAGUUGAGACGACGACUUGAUAGGAAAUAAUCGAG